AGACUCCGGAGCCUGGAGGCGGGGUUUGGGGAGCUCGCCCCACGUGGGGCGGGGCUCCCGCUGCCGCGGGCUCUGCAGUUGGGACCGGGAGCGCCACGGUCGCCGCCGCAGUUCCCUCCACUCUGGUGGCCCCACGGCCCUGCGGGGAGUCCGGGUGGUCCUCGGGCCGCUCGGAUUUGGCACAAGGCCGGCCCCGCCUCUCCCCCUCGGUGCGGCCUAGACGGCCGGGGCAGCGGGGACAUGGAGCCUUCUCCGGCCACCGGAGGCUCGGAGACCACCCGCCUCGUGAGUGCGGGAGACCGUGGCAGCGCGGGCGGCGGCGGCGGCGGCGGCGGCCUGCGACUGAAGAGUCUUUUUACAGAGCCCUCGGAGCCCCUUCCUGAGGAGCCCAAGCUCGAGGGGAUGGCCCACCAUCAUUGCCAUAAGAACUCCCAGGCACUGUCAGGCCUCUCUCCUGAGAGGCUGCAGGCCCGGAGGCAACUGUAUGCCGCCUGUGCUGUGUGCUUGAUCUUCAUGGCUGGGGAGGUGGUUGGUGGGUAUCUGGCACACAGCCUGGCCAUCAUGACCGAUGCCGCUCACUUGCUGGCAGAUGUAGGCAGCAUGGUAGCCAGCCUCUUCUCCCUUUGGCUCUCCACUCGGCCAGCCACCCGAACCAUGACCUUUGGCUGGCUCCGCUCCGAGACUCUGGGGGCUUUGGCCUCUGUGAUCUCCCUCUGGAUGGUCACUGGCGUCCUGCUGUACCUGGCCUUCAACCGUCUGCUGCACAGUGACUACCACAUCGAGGCGGGCGCCAUGCUACUGACCGCGAGCAUCGCUGUCUGUGCCAAUAUGCUGUAUGUCCCAGUGUGGGGUGGGCACCAAGUGGGGUCUAGAGUGAGAGGGAGGGCCUUCUUCCAGGAUGGUAGAGUACCGUCUCUGCUGAUAAAAUACCCGAUGGCGGAUGAAAAGCUGAAUGACGGAGGAGGACCAGGAGGACGGGGAGUGCCUGCCAGCCAGCCAGAGAGGGCCGAGGAGAGCUGCAGCCCAGCAAGGGUUGGGCAGAGACACCCGGGCAGAAAGACAGACAGGUCCUGCCCUUCUCAUGGGGAAGCCCAGAGCCUGGCGGCACCCGCACAGGUGAGAGGGCCCCAGCCGAGGCUCAGCAGGGAGCCUUCUCCACCCCAGCCCCUCCCGGGAGCUUCUCUACAGACUAGUCUGAAGGGGGCGCUGUGGCCAACUGGCAUCCAGGAGCCAGAGGGUCGGGGAGCAGCGCCCCCCUGCGGCUGGUGCUGUGACAGCAGCCGGGCCGCCUCCGCCGCCGGGGUAGAAGGGAGUCUCAGGACCAAGUGGCAUGGGAGGAGAACCCCAAACGCCCCAAUUCCUGGCAGGUCCGCUCACCUCUCCCGCCUCUGGUGGCACUUCUUAGGAGAGUGA